AUGGCCCAAUUUUUCGGACCCAAUUCAUAUUUAAAUGGUAUUAAAGAAAAGUUUAAUGAAAAUGAAAAAUUUGAACAUUUGGAAGAAUUAGAAUUAUUUAAAAUUAAUAGUUUAGAUCAAAUUAUUGGUAUUGAAGAGAAAAAAUAUACAUUGCAAAUGUGGUUAAAUAUUGGUGUAAUUUUUGUGUUUAGUGUUUUACAAAUAAUUGGCGGUGCUAUUCUUGAAUUAUACAGUGUUGGAAUUGGUACUCAUAUCGCAGCUGGUUUAAUAUCAGAAGGAAUUAGUGAUAUUUUUUACACAUUUUCCGCUGCAAAAAGUGGCUAUUUUAAUCGGAGUGAUUAUUUUAUACAUAAAAUAAAAAGUAUUAUGAUUACAAUUGCAACUGUGGCAAUUGCCGGUCUUAUUGCAAAAGGUGUUCGAUAUUCACGUUUUGGUUCAAAAUUAGUUGGAAAUACCGGAAAUUUGUCGAAACUUUCUGGUAAAAAACUAUUAGAUGCAGCAAGUAAAGAAGGAUUACACGGUGUAAAAAAUAAUGUAUUGAAAAAAGUUUGGUGUUGUGUGGGAAUAAAAAUUUCACAAGGUGUUACAUUUGGAUUAGUUAAUGCAGGUGUUUCAUUCUUAUCAGAUAAAUUACUUAAAGGAUAUUGUAGUAAAAUUAUUAGUGAAUUAUUUACAAAAACUCGAGAAUCAAUUGAAGAAAAGAAAAAACAAAUUUAUAAAUCAUUAAAAAAUAUUUAUGAAAAAUUUGGCCGUCAAAAAACAGAAAAAUGGUUAUCAGAAAUAAAUGAAACAUUUAAUUCAGAUAAAUGGUAUGAUAGAGCAUAUGAAUGGUUAAUAACAUUGGCAAAUACAAUUGUAUCUGGAAUUAGUAAUGGUAUAAAUAAAAUUAAACAAGCCACUGGUGAUAAUGAUUCUAACUAUAAAACAGCAUUGUUUAUAACAGUGUAUAAUGCUGUAAUGAAAGGAACAGCAUACGCAAAAGCAAUAUAUAAUGUUAAAAGUCAAACAGAAAAUUUUAUUGGUGAUAUAAUAAAAAAAUUAGAAGAAAAAGCAAAAGAAUGUAAAAAUGAAAAAAAUUAUCAAGAAAAUAUUAAUCAAAAAGAAAUAAAUGAUUUUAUUGAUAAAACAACAGACGAAUGGUGUAAAACAAUUGAAAUGAAAAUUGAUACAGAUGUAAGAAUAAAAAUAAUUGAACCAAUUUUAUGUGAUGGUGCAAAUAGGAUCAUAAAAAAUUUAGGAAAAACUAUAAAAAAGUUUCAUGAACAACGAAAAGAAAAUCGACUUUGGAAAAAAUAUGAACAUAAUAAAAGUGAAUAUGAAAAUAAUAAAAAAAAUUUAACUAAAAAUGAUAACAAGGAAAAUGAAAAUUCGGAAAGUAAAGAAAUUUUAAAUGAAAUAACAAAAAUGUAUAAUAAAAAUUUAAUGAUCAUUAUGGCAGAAUCAAGAAGCGCAAAACUAUUUGCACGUAUUGUUGAACAAGGUGGUCCAAUGGAUAUGGUUUGUAUUCAAGCAAUGGCAAAUAUUACUGGCUGUCCAAUAAGAAUAAAAAAUGCAGAUGGAACAACAUUUCCGGAUUUAAUUUGUCCAGAAGGAUAUAAUAUGAAUAAUAUUAAAGAUGAAGAUUGUCGUUCAAUUGAAUUUUAUCCUGGUGAUGGAAUAGAUACAUUUGGACAUUUUUCUUCAUCAGAAAAUACACAUGAAAAUGAAAUUAUUAACGAUAAUAAUAAUGACAAUAAUUGUUUCAUUUAUGGAAUUUUUAAAGGAGAUAAAACAACAACUGAUGCAAAUGAAGUACGAAAAUUACUUGCAAAAGAAAUAGAAAAUAGUCCACUUAUUAAGGAUAUGAUUACUGAUGGUAAUCAUCAUUAUUAUAUAUCACAACUUGGUUUUGGUGGUCAACUUCCAAUUAAUGUGAUGAAACUGAAAAUGAUGAAACUCUCUGAAAAUUUUGAAAAUGCGCUAAUAGGAUUAGUUGGUGUACAUGGUAAUGGUUCCUAUGGAAUAACAUCGCUAUCUAAAAGCAAUGUAAGAGAAUCAGAACAUCUUAUUCCAUAUGCAGUGAUGAAACGAUGGUCUAAAGUAAUGUGUGUUAGAGAUAUUAUUGAAACUGAACAUUUCAACCGAAAUGAAAAUGAAAAAGAGUGUUUAUUUAAAGAUUUAAUGAAACCAGAAUCAGUAAUACCAACAGAGAAAUUAAAUAAAUUUAUGAUAUCACCUAAACAAAUGUUAGCAAUUUGUAUGAUUUAUGAUGCUCAUCGUGAUCCAGAAUGUAAUUGGAGUAGUUUUAAAACUAAUGGUAGUGAGAAAUGGAAAGAAGUAUACGAACAUAUCGAUAAAUAUAAAAGCGUUGAUGAUAAUCAAAAUGAUCUAGUCAUGGAAAAAUGUAUAUGCCAAUAUUCUCAUCUAGUCGAUAAUCCAAAAAUAUACUAA